UGGAUGUUUUUCGUCCUCUCGCUUCUGGUUCUCGGGCUCGUGGGCGGGGAUGUGGGCGUGGUCGAGGAAGUGGGGGAGGAGUCAGAGGCUGAGGAUGACGCUCUGGGCUCCCUCCUCGCGGCCUCGCGACGGAGUGGCAGGAGGAGGGCCAGGCCGGGGAGCUGCGAAGGGCGGCGCGGGCGGCGAGGCGGCGGCCCAGGGACCUCUCCGUGCUCCUGUACCCGCUGGCCUCCACGGCGUCGCUGGCAGGGCAGAUCGUCUCGUUCAUCCCCAACAUCGUGAGGGGCGGUGACGGGCGUGUCCUCCGCUGUGGACGUCUUCGGGAUGGCCAUGACCUUCGUGGGCGGCGGCCUCGCCUACUCCGCCAGCGCCGUCGAGAAGACCGGCCGGAGCAUACAGAGCCUCUCCGCCGCCAUGCCAACGGUCGUGACAGGAGGGCUGGUGGCUGGCUUGGGUCUCCUCUUCAUGUUCCCCAACCUGCAGUCAUGGCUCGUCUCCGGACUGGCUUCGACCGGACUCAUGCUGGCGAGCAAGAUGGCGUCCGGCGCGAGGAGCUACGUCGACGACAACUCCCUGUGGGCGACGCUGCUGGAGACCUUUGAGCUGCUCACUCUAAGGGCAAGGGAGGACUUCCAGUGAAGGGCGUAAUAAAGAUGGCGUAAAUUUUUAUCUGU